CUCUCGUCACUGUCGCGAGCCGAUGAUGUCAGGAAGGUCUCUGUCCAUGCGGUGUCUGCAGGAGCUCCGAGGAACGUCUGUAGUGCUUAGUUUGUAAAACGAGUACUCUAGUAAAUGUAAAAGCAUGUCUUCCAGUAGCCGUAGACCCGAGCACACAGCGCCUCCAGAACUGUUUUACAAUGAAGCGGAAGCCAGGAAGUACUCCCAAAAUUCUCGUAUGAUUGAGAUUCAGAGCCAGAUGUCAGAGAGAGCUGUGGAGCUCCUGAACCUGCCAGAGGAUCAGCCCUGCCUCCUGCUGGACGUGGGGUGUGGCUCAGGACUCAGUGGAGACCACCUCUCCGAGCAGGGACACUGCUGGGUGGGAGUGGACAUCAGCCCUGCCAUGCUGGAGGUUGCUUUGGACAGAGAGGUGGAGGGAGACCUCAUUCUGGGAGACAUGGGCCAGGGAAUCCCGUUCAGACCGGGCACCUUCGAUGGCUGUAUCAGCAUCUCGGCCCUGCAGUGGCUGUGCAAUGCUGAUAAGAAGUCCCACAGCCCCCCCAGGCGGCUCUACAGAUUCUUCAGCACGCUCUACUCAGCACUGGCGCGGGGUUCCCGAGCGGUGUUCCAGCUGUACCCUGAGAAUUCAGACCAGGUGGAGCUCAUCACAUCCCAGGCUAUGAAGGCUGGCUUCACUGGAGGCAUGGUGGUCGAUUAUCCCAACAGCACCAAGGCCAAGAAGUUUUUCCUGUGCCUAUUUUCUGGCAUCUCUGGAGCCCUGCCAAAGGGGCUUGGCUCAGAGACUGUGGAGAGAGGGGUGUCUAAUCAGGCCCUGUUCACAGGGGAGAGGUCGCGGUUUAGACAGAUGAAAGGGAAAUCAGUGAAGAAGAGCAAGGACUGGAUUGUGGAGAAGAAAGAGAGGAGGCGAAGGCAGGGCAGGGAGGUUCGGGCCGACACCAAGUACACUGGGAGGCAGAGGAAGACCCGCUUUUAACGGAUUUCAAGUGCGAACUGGGUUUAAUUUUGAUUUAAUAGCUGAAGCGCCCCUUCAUUAACCUGGCCACCAGAAUGGUUCAGUUUAGGGGUGGAGACUGGACUCCUUUCACGCGUGACUUAAAGGGGUUAUCUCUCAUAGACUUUACACAGCCCAGUACGUCGCUAGACAAUCACAGCAAUGCUUCUAUAAAUGAGUCACCGCCUGAUCAGAACAUGCAGACUCUGAUCUAGAAAACAUAAAAAUACAAACGAUAGCGGGUUCAUUAUAAAACCAGGCCCUUCACAUAAUCAAAACUACAGAGUACAAAUUCAGGCUUUGUUUCACUAUAUAUAAAAAAACAUAGGCUUUGACUUUUUCUGUGUGCUGGAAAGCAGUGCAUAGUGGUAAAUAAUGCUUUGAUUAGAACAAACCCCAGGACUGGAGUAGCUCAGAAGUGUCAGGAGUGGGUGGGCCUCGGAUGAAAGGCACUGAAGCUGGCCUCUGUGUGUGCACACGUUAUCAGCUCCAGCAGAUCAUCAGAAACAUGCAUUUUCCACACUCCCACAGCAGUGUGCACAUGUAUUACAACACCCCAUUGCUUCUGUCGUUUUGAGGUGUUGUGCAUAUGAAAUCAAACCACUGUGACUGAAAAUCUUGGAAAACUGUCAAAAUAUGCAUAUUGGUGAUUGUCUAAUUGAAUUGAUUACUUUAAUAGGCCACACAUGUCAUUCAUUUAAAACAGAGAAAAGGAACACAUCGCCACAAAUGGUAACAUUGGUAAACAAAUGCCUAAUUAAAGCACAAAGUGGUCAAACAUUUUCACACA